AUGUCUUGUCGAGUAUCGUACACAUGGCACCACGAUUUUCCCAAGUUGGCGAAAGAAGCUGGCUUCUGUUUUAACGAUCCUUCGCUACCGGGAAAAUUUGAUUGGGCAUCUAUAGGCAGUGUAGAUGUGGAUCGAAUUUAUAGAGAAAGAGAUUUUGCAAGUCUUGAAUAUUCGCUUCAAUAUAUUUUGGAUGGCCCCAUAGGAAGUCUCCUGGAAUCUCGAGCAUUAGACGCAGCAGUUAGUAAGCUCUUCCGAGUGUCUCAGUUAGCAAUUCAGUAUUUAUUGUUUUGCAAACAAUUUCUGGACAGAAGUGUUACUGUAAUGAGGGCAACCAUAAAAGAGCAACAGAAGGAAAUUACUAAUCUAAAGAAGAAUAUAAAAUCCAAAGAUGACCAAAUACAAAAAUUACGUCAAAAGAAAAUAGAGAAAGAUUUUGCUCUAGAAUCUGGAAGAAGUUUACCUAUAAUUCACUCCCAUGGUUUGGAUCCAUCUUGCCAUGUUUGUGGAAAAACAUUUCUAAACAUUGUCUACCUCCAGGCUCAUUUGCAGAGACGUCAUAAAGAUGAGCAACCAGAACGAGAUAGUGGUCCAGUUGUGCAUCAAAAUCAGUUAGAUAGCAAAUUGAUGCAAAACAUUGCAAAUGCUCAAACAAAUGUUGUAUCAGGUGAAAUGCAACCAUUAGCCUCUUCUUCUGCAGUGGUUAUUCCUGAUUCUCAACUUAUAGAUAUUGUAAAAUUGCAACUCGAAAUUAAACAACUAAAGGAACGACUGGCUAAUGCAGAGAAAACUCUGAUUGCGAGUGAAGAAAUAGAUUUAUGUAAAAGAACGAGCGAUAGGAAAUUUCAAGCAAUAAAUAAACAAGACGCGAGUGUAAACACUGAUCAGCCAGUUGUAGACAAUAAUGUAUUAGGCGAAGAUAAAUACGAACUAGAAAUAAAAGAUCUUAAGGAGCAAUUUCUAAGAAGUAUAGAAAGUCUAAAAGACAGGACAUCGUGGAUGGAAAUUAAUAGAAAAAUAGAAGAUCAAGAAAACCUUUGGAAAAAUCGAUGUGAUGCUUUAGAAAAUAAAUUUGAUCAAGAUACCAAACAUCUUAUGCAAAUCUUGAGUGACAUAAAGCAAGCUAAUUUACAAUCCGCAUCAAGUAUGAAAAAGGCUCACAAGAAAAAAUCCAAAACUGCAUCAAAAUCUUUACGCUCUAGGACUACAGAGGAUUUCAGUAUCGAUAAGGAAAAUAAAUCACAAGUCAACCCACUGCAGCCUUCUAUUAAAUUACUUGGUUCUGAUAAUAACGAGCAGAAAUCUUCUAAAAGAAAAUUACAGUCAAAAAUUCCAGAAAGGUUUACAUUAGCAUCAUUGAAUGAGAUGGGCUUUAAGAAAAACUACGAAAAGCCUGAUAAAAUAUCUCAAAUCUCUCCAAAAAAAGAUAUCAAACAAACGCGUACUCCUAAUAUUAAAGAAAAAGAAAAUAAUAAUUUAAAUAAAAUCGUAGUAGAAGCUGAUAUUCAUGACAGAGAUGAAAAUAAGGGAUUAGUAGAAGAAAUAACCGACAACCAAGAACAAUCCUUGCAUGAUGAAUUUCUGAAAACUAAGCCUUCUACUUCAAAUAUACAAUAUAGAUCACUUUCAAGUUUGCGGGAAGCUCUGUUUGAAAAUCCAGAAGAGUUAAAAAUGUACAGAGAUUCUUUGAUUGGAGAUUUGGAACAAAGACUAUGGAAAUUAAAUGUUGAUCCAUCUUCUAAUGAAAUGUUAGAUGGGGACUAUCAGAAAUGUAUGAAUAUUAUCGUUCAUGAAAGAAAGUUGAAGAGUAAACAAUUUACGAAACGUGGCGUAAACUUGGAAGAAGUUUACCAACAGUUAGAAGAAAGAAUUGAUGAUGAAGUAGAAAAACGCGGCUUCCCAAAAGAGAUGUUAGAACUAACGUUCAGAAAAGUUGGAUCACAGAAUAUUCCUGGUUCACGUGAUGAAAAUCGUCGGUCUUCCAUUUCUCCGAAAACGGGCAGAGUCAGGUCGGCCCUGAGUGCAUUCAAAACGAAAUCCAUGGAAAUUCUUCCUAACUUAUUGAGAAAACAUGAUGUUAAAAAAUCUCCCACAAAAUUAAAAAGAGAAUUGGAUUCACAAUUUAACCUAUCAUAUGAAGAUCAGGGAAUUUACUUCGACGAGCGCGAAAUUAAUCAAACAUCAUCUCCAAACACGGGCAAAACAAAAAAUGUUUUAAAAAAGGAUGUAUUGCAUCACAGUGAUAGUAAUAUCCCUUCAGAUGAUGAAUCACUUAAAGAACUUGAAAUGCGAGUCAAAAAGCCAAUAACGUCGGUUUCGUUGGAAAAACUACUUGCUUAUCCUAUACUGAGACCAACACCGUUUGAUUUCAAUAAAAAACCUCUGCAGAAUACUACCACAAAUCAAUUGAAAAAUGAAGAAUCCGCCUUCUCACCGGGUAAAGAGGAUUCUUCCUCCAUCGAUACCGUGAAAAAUCUAACAGAAGAACAAGAUGGAACCAUAAGGAAUAUUCACCAGCCCCUAUCUGUGACCAGCACCAGUCGACCGCAAAUGAGUAACACUUCUUUAAAAACUGACAUGGAUUCCCAAAGCAAUUAUAAAACUAACAUUGAUAGUCCUGAAAAUAAAAAACAUUCAACGAUAUAUGUUGAAUCAAUGACCGAUGAUGAAAGUGAAGACAAAUUACAUCAAAAUCAUUCUAAAGAUGUUGAAAAUUCACCAUUGAAAAAUAUGUUUGAAGUUGGAUCUGGCGAUCAAAAGAGCAAUAAAAAACACGUUGUUUUUGAUUUGGAUGCAAAUACUCAUAAAACACUAAGCAGUGAUGGUAAAAGUCAGGACGAUUCAGAUUUUGAUUUAUCUAGCAUUCAAAGUCUAGGAAUAAUUGAACACCAAGAUGAUCAGUUACAAAGUGAUUCUUUCUAUUCGAACAACAUAAAACAUUCUAAUAAAAGUUCAAAUGAUUUGAAAUUAAAUUCAGAAAUAACUAUAAAAGAGAUUAAAGACAUAGAAUGUGCGCCAAGCACAUCUAAAACCAUACCAUUUGCAACACCAAGAACGAAAAUGAAUGUAAAUGUUCAAGAUGAAGUAUCUUUGAGUGAUUUUAGCUUUUGA